AGGGGCCAUGUCGGCGUCAUGGGUGCCCACUGGGGUGUGGGGGGCAGGGGAGGCUUCAUUAACUUUGCCCAGGUAAGCCAAGGCCUGUGCCCGUUGCAGCGUCACUGACCAGCGUUGGCGGAACUGGUGGAGCAGUUUCGCUGCCUGGUAGGAGCUGGGGUCCGCAUUGAAAAGUCUCCUGGCCCCUGUGUCAGCCAGUAGCUUCAGGAAGGUAGGGACCUCGGCGCAGGGGCAGCCGUAUGUCUCGACUGCAAGUGGGAAAAAUCCGACAUACGGAGCCCGAUUUCGGUAAUGGGAGAUUUUCUUGUCGGCUUGCUCCCGGGCCAUGUAUCCGCGUCCUUUUCUAGCGUCCGGGUCCCGGCUGCUGAUGGGAUCUGUGACAGUGACGUCACAGAUCCAGACGGCUCCGGAACUGCGGUCUCGGAGGGCGAGGUCGGCCUUGUGGCCGUCAACGGGGCUGUAGAUGGUGGUCUCCUUGGUGACUAUAAAGUGGUUGGGCAGCCUGGUGUCGAGGAUUUCGAAUUCCUCGGCGCAGUUGCAAGUGCGGGGGGCUGGGAAUGGAAGGCCGAGGCGGAAGGCCAGGGCAAUGGCGAAGUGAGCUCCCGGGCUCGUGGGGGCAUCGCCGUUUCACACUUCGCCAGCCAGGUAUGCAAGUGGGUGGGGCUGGUGAAAGGUGGCGUGAGGUGCCGGACAGCGUCGGCCAGGGGCCCUCCUGACGCUGCUGGGAGGUCAGCCAAGAGGCCCUGGGCUUGGGUGAGGCUGGUGAGGUAGGCUGGGUAUCCCUCAAUUGCGGGGUCGGUUAGACCCAGUCCGCCAAGAGAGGGAGGGAGGGACGCUUGAUCCCAAGUGCGCGCUCGCUCCACCUCGCCCCGAGGUGGUUGGAGGUUGCAGGCACGCAGGAGGGUAUAGAAGAGCUCCCGACCCCAGUCGGACCAGACGUCCAGGGGUAGGAAGUCAAGGGGGGUGGUGCGGAUUAAGUAUGAGACACGCCGAGAUACGCAGCGUGUGAGGAGGAGGGAUGAGGACUGAGGGUCCAUGGUGGCCAGUGUGGCGAGGGGUUCGGCUAGCAGGGCUAGCUGGGUGCGGAGGAAUGCGGCUGUGCCCUCGGCUGUGCCUAUAAAGCUGCCAAGCACGCGGACGCCUUCUGUGUUGAAAGGUAUGCCUGGGGGAAGGCGGUCAGGUGCAGGGUGCUCGGCUGACCACGCCGCGCAUUUCGCGGGGUUGUGGGAGAGACCGAUGCGGUCCAUGGCCGCUGUGAAAUUGAGGAACGCCGAGGUGCAGGCGUCCGGAUCGCCGACGAAGGUGAUGUCGUCGGCGUACGCGAGGCAGAGGACCUCGGGGUGGGCCGCGGCGGUUGUCUGGAGCGCUGGGGGUGGGCUGUCGAACUCAGCGUCGAGGUAGAGCAGGGACGGUGCUCCGUAGGAGAAUUGUAUGAAGGGGAGGAGCGGGCGCAGGGGCGAGGUGUUGAUUGCGUGGAUGAUGGCCGCGCGGUCAACGCUAUUGAAGGCGUUUGAAAGGUCGACUUGUAGGAUGAGUGAGCCCGGGCGCGCUGAGGUAAAGCCCCUGGUGGCAUGGA